AGUUCCUCCAGGAUUGAUUCUCUAACAACGAGCCAAAAAUCGAAAUCGUUCUUUAUUGCACGUCCGAAAAACCCUAUCCACCUAAAAAGAUUAUUUCCGAACCCAAUAACCGCUCACAAAUUGACGAGGAGUUCGCAAAGCACAAGUAAAUAUUGUCCGUUUUGCCUUUAACACUCACACCUAAACACCUAGCUCCAUAUAAUUCGUGGCAGAACUACUGAACAUUUCAAAUUUAGUUGUCUUGAAAAUCUGAAACUGUUUGAACAACUCAAACCAAACACCGAAUCCGACGGAAGAUCAUUCACCGCAAAAAUACUUGGCUACACAUACAUACAACCUAGAAAAAACACCAUUUUGAUUUUGUAAUCCUG